GAAAAUCAACCCAAGAAUAUGAAGCCUAAUAAAGAAAAGACCUGCACUAGGGAACAAGACUUUGUUUACAAUUUCAGUGCUGGAAAUCAACAUUUAGUGCUCGCUGUGCCUCUCAGCUUCCCGGUACAAGAGAAUAUUAGUCAUUUGCAUGGACGUCUAAUGCUUCUGCACAAUCUGCCAUGCUUUAUAGAAAAUGACCUGAAGCAAUCUCUUAUUAAGUUCAUAGAAGAGGAAACUAUAAAAGAUCAUGAUAGAGAAGAUGAAAUAGCUCUGGAAGCAGUGAAAUCAGGAAAAGUAGACAUUAACCAGCUGGCAGAUACUUGGGCUAAAGCCUAUAAAGAGACAAUGUUAGAAUAUGCAAAACCUGAAGAAACCAGCUGGGAUGAAGAUUUUGCUGAUGUUUAUCACGAUCUGAUACAUUCUUCAGCUUCUGAAAUGCUGUUAAACCUGGAACACAAUUAUUUUGUUAGUAUCUCAGAAUUAAUAAGUGAAAGAGAUGUGGAACUGAAAAAACUACGGGAAAGACAAGGAGCAGAAAUGGAUAAGGUGAUGCAGGAGCUAGGGAAGUCGCUAACAGACCAAGAUGUAAAUUCAUUAGCGGCUCAGCAUUUUGAAUCUCAGCAGGAUUUGGAAAACAAAUGGACAAAUGAAUUAAAACAGUCUACUGCUAUCCAGAAGCAGGAAUAUCAGGAAUGGGUGAUAAAGCUUCAUCAGGACCUAAAGAAUCCCAACAGCAGCUCAAUCAGUGAUGAAAUUAAGGUUCAGCCUAGCCAACUGAGAGAAUCUGUAGAAGGACAUGGAAGAAUUUAUGAAGAGCAAAGGCUGUUAGAAGAAAGUUUUACUAUUCACUUGGGAGCUCAGUUGAAGACCAUGCAUAACUUGAGACUACUGAGAGCUGAUAUGCUGGAUUUCUGUAAACAUAAGCGCAAUCAUCGAAGUGGAGUAAAACUUCACAGACUUCAGACUGCCAUGUCUCUCUAUUCAGCUUCUCUCUGUGGCCUGGUUUUAUUGGUAGAUAAUCGUAUCAGUUCAUACAGUGGCAUCAAAAGAGAUUUUGCAACUGUUUGCCAAGAAUGCACAGAUUUCCAUUUUCCUGGAAUUCAAGAACAGCUUGGAGUUGUCCAGAAGGUUGUACUGAAGGCCAGAGCACAGUGUAGCAGUAAGUCGAAAAGACAUCAUGAAAACAAAAGUAGUGGAAAUGAAGAUAAAUUAAAGAAUAUUGAACGAAACCAGUCAAAUAUUUUGCCAGGAGAAUUCUAUAUCACACGCCAUUCAAAUCUUUCUGAAAUUCAUGUUGCUUUUCACCUCUGUGUGGAUGAUAACGUACGAUCUGGUAACAUAACUGCUCGGGAUCCUGCAAUUAUGGGACUCAGAAACAUUCUCAAAGUUUGCUGCACACACGACAUUACUACCAUUAGCAUUCCUCUCCUAUUGGUGCACGAUAUGUCAGAGGAAAUGACCAUUCCAUGGUGCUUGAAGAGGGCAGAGCUUGUUUUCAAGUGCAUCAAAGGUUUCAUGAUGGAGAUGGCCUCAUGGGAUGGAGGAAUUUCUCGGACUGUGCAAUUCUUGGUACCACAGACAAUUUCUGAGGAAAUGUUUUACCAACUGAGUAAUAUGCUUCCACAAAUCUUCAGAGUAUCCUCUACAUUGACUCUGACCUCUAAGCACUGAAAUUUGUGCAGCAUUAAGAUGUAUUCUGUUGAUAAAGGAGGAGAUUAUAGAGAUUCUGGAAUGGAGUGUCUCUUCUGAGAGAUGAUGACCACGAAGUGGUAUUUGUUGUGAUUUCAAGA